AUGCAACCGCUCCUGUCCCCCCACCUUGCAACCCUGAACAAUGGCUUCGCCGAUGCUUCGGCCCAUGGCGCUGGCUCCUGCACCUGUGCCGUGCUGCCAUUUCCAUUGGUCAACCCUGCUGACUGCUUUUCGCUCUCCCUCCCGCCAUUUAGGAUGCUGGAAGAUCCCACAUACAACUCGGUCGUCAGAUGGGGCAACGAUGGGGCCAGCUUUGUCGUCUUGGAGAACGAGAAAUUUACAAAGACCAUAUUACCAAAACACUUCAAGCACAGCAAUUUUGCCAGCUUUGUCCGGCAGCUGAACAAGUACGACUUCCACAAAGUCAGACACAACGACGAAGGCGGCCAGGCCACGUAUGGCCAUGGAGCCUGGGAGUUCAAGCACCCCGAGUUUCGCCAGCACAAAAAGGACAACCUGGACAACAUCCGGCGCAAAGCCCCAGCUGCGCGGAAAGUCACCGUAGCCGAAGAGCCGUUUCCGGCCACACAGCAGAUCGUCCUGCUUAAUGACAGCCUCACAGCCACGCAGCACCAGGUCCAGGCCCUACAGGAGAGAUACACACAGAUGGCCCAGACGAACAAGGUACUUGUCGACGAGCUGUUCAGCAUCAAGAAGCUGGUCAGGGCACAGCACCAGGUCCACAUGGAGCUGAUCACCCACCUCAACAACAUCGACGAGCAGCGGCGCCGCACCAUACGGCAACCGGGCCAUCCGAACCACCCAGGACACAAUGCCUCCGGCCAGUACCAUCAUCCUACGGGUGCCGGUCUCGGCAUGCUUCCUGACGGCGCCGACGAGCCUGCGAUUGAACUGCGUCGGGCGCGCGAGAUCCUCAACAACGUGUCGACGGAGUCCGUGGCCGACCGCGAGCUCGAGCGGCUCACCACCAUGUUCCAGGCCAAUGCCGGCAACUCACCACCCGAGUCGGCAGGCUCGUCGUCUGUCAUCUUCAGCGCUCCGGGCACUGGUGCUGGCAGCGUGUCUAUCGGCAUGAAUGACAUCAACGACAUGCGCCAUCUGGUGUACCCGGCCGGUCAGAAUGCUGGCAUUGAUCCGUUCCACGCUGACCACAUCAACAAUAUUCCGUACACGCGGCCGCUCAGCAAUCCCAACGCAGGGCCGGAGAUGGUCAUUUCGCCGUCGCUGCCAUCAAAAGAAACAAUCGGGUCGCUGUGGGGCAGCCAGAAGCCCAAGAUCCUCCUGGUCGAAGACGACAAGGUGUGCGCACGAAUUGGCGCCAAGUUCCUAUCGCAGGUGGACUGCACCGUCGAGAUUGCCAGAGACGGAUCCGAGGCAGUGGCCAAGGUCAACCAAGAGCCGGAGCGGUUCGAUCUUAUCUUCAUGGACAUUAUCAUGCCCGUGUUCGACGGCGUGUCGGCCACAGCUUGCAUCCGCAUAGCUGCGCCGCGCAUCCCCAUCGUGGCCAUGACGUCCAACAUUCGUAGUGAAGAUGUUGCCACCUAUUUCCACUGGGGCAUGAACGACGUGCUGGCGAAGCCGUUCACCAAGGAGGGCAUGGUGCGGAUUUUGAAGAAACACCUGCCCUAUCUGCUGAAAAUUCCGCCGCAGCCUAGCUCGGGCGAGGACAUGGCUCAGCUGAGCAGCAGCGGGCCACCACCGGGAUAUAUCAACCCCGGCAACAUGGGGCCGAUGAACGCGAUGCAGGCACAGCAGAGCCUGAGCGCAAUAAGCGCGAGCGGAGGUGUCAAAUUCGAGACCACACCGAUCCAGUCGCCGGCCACGUCGGCCUCGUGGCAUUCUCCCAGCACUGCGCAGAUCCAGCACACGUCUCCGAAUAUGGAUGCCAGCGCCGGGUACAUGCCGACGUCGGUGAAUGGCGGAGGCAGCGGUGGUCCCAGCACCGGUGGUCCCGUCCCCAACAUCGGUCCACGGCAGCCGUAUCCAGGAGGGCCGUCGCCCGCAAUCGGCAGCACAGGACUCCGCGGACUGGCAGACCCGAUGACCCACGACGAGCGGCCAGAGAAGCGGCAGCGGUUGGCUUCGUUGGCAGAGCGAGGCAUUGCAUUGGCCAUUAUAAUGAACGGCAUCGUCUGGGAUGAUUUUGUGCAGUUCCAGGAGCUACUCUGA